AUGAAAACAACAACAACAACAGCAUAUUACAGUAGGUUUAUAGGUUACAGGUGUGUUGAACUUCACUUCGUUACACUUCGUUACGUUCAACUGUUUAUAGAUCACAGUAGGUUUAUAGGUUACAGGUGUGUUGAACUUCACUUCGUUGCACUUCGUUACGUUCAACUGUUUAUAGAUUACAGUAGGUUUAUAGGUUACAGGUGUGUUGAACUUCACUUCGUUGCACUUCGUUACGUUCAACUGUUUAUAGAUUACAGUAGGUUUAUAGGUUACAGGGGGUUGAACUUCGUUGCGUUCAACUGUUUAUAAAUUACCAGUUUUCAUCGUAAAGAUUUUGUGUUUAUCUGUACCAUUUCUACUUCAUAACGUGUGGAUUCUUACUAUAAA